AUGGGUGUCGGGGACUAUGUGCACUCAAAGGAGAAUCGCCAGCACCAUCCUCGUGCGGAUGUACCCCCAAAUCAGGCCAGGAAGGCUUUAGCUGAGCAGGCUCGUGUUGAAGUUCCUCAAACGGCCCUGGUUGCGCCUAUCCCCAUUUCAGGCAAUAGGCAGGCGCCAAUAGAUCGAUAUGGCACGCCAUUUCAGGAUGAUGGGCUUGCCGAGCAACCCGUCCACAGGGAUGCCUUCGACACUGAUGUGGAAGGUAUCGAUGAAUCGACAAUUGCAGCAACAAGUGUGAUUGGAAUUGAUGAAGAGCCGUACCGACUGUCACCCACUAUUCGUCCAAAUGUGAAUGUGCCUGUUCAGCUCCCGCCACCCCAGCCAUCGCCUCCACGCCAGCUGCGUGCAGCUCGUCGUGCAAACGAGUCCAAAUGGUACGAGGGUCUAGGUGAUAGAGCGCUAAAGUCAGCUGGAUUUGAUUUGGACGAGUUGGACGCCGCAAGCCAGCUUACUUCCACGGCUGGCGACGAUGAACAGUCAAACGAUGCAGAUGACCAACGUUACGUGCCUAGGUACCGCGGCGGUGAAGAGCCUCUUAGCAGAAAGCUACAGAACUUUUGGUCUGCCAGUCGGAGAACAUAUCAAUCCGAUGCCGAGGAACAUACAGAGCCAACCAAAUCUCAGUCCCUCAUCCCAGUUGCAUCGGCCUCAAAGCCGCUUCCUGCUAGUAGCAGGAAAGUCACCCUUCCACGAAGCAAAACAACAACUCCCAGGACUAGAUUUAGUCCGCCCAAACCGUCUCUCCUCGACCAAUUGGACCUGACCCCUACGCGACGGAGUCCCAACCUUACUAGGUCUCAUUCUCGAAAGGAAAGAGAAAGGGACAGCGACAGAGACAGAGACAGAGAGCAGGAGAACAAUAAAGCAGCCGACGAUUUUCUUAGAGUGGCAGACGAAGGCCUAGGUCUAUUCACAGAUAACAACUCCCGUCCAGAUGAUAGUCUCCAGUCCCUCAAUGUCUUCGACAUGACAAACUUCGACGACCUUGAAAACGACUCCUCUAUGAACGAUCCAUUCUCGCGUCGCACUUCUAUAAGACGGACUGGAACAGAAGAGACGCCUAAAGCAAAGAAACGCAAUCUCGAACCCGACUAUCCACCCGAAAUCCUAUGCACCAAAUCCUUCAGUGAACUCCAAGCCGAGCCAUUUGAACACGCCCCCGCUCUUAGGGCACCUAGGCCAGCCAAAGAACCACAGGUGCAACAUCCCCCGGAGAAGGGAGAAGAAGAAGACAAGGUUUCAUUCCUUCUACGGCUCUCCGAGCAAGAGCGCGGAGAAUUUUUUUCGAAGCUUUCAAUGAAUGAGUGGGAAGGAUGUGGCGAUCUACUAAUUGAGGAGUUCAGCAAGAUGAUGGUGAAGAUGAAGGACUUGCGUCAUGCCCGUCGCAAAACUGCGGCUGUGUUCGAGGCUGAGGUUAAGAGGAGACAUGAGGUGGUGGAGGAGCAGUCGGCAGAGAUUACUGGGAAGUUUGAAGAGAUGAGGGCGGGUGGUGCUGAGGUCCUUCGUGGGCGUUCGCCUUGA